CUCCAUCGAAGUUUCUACCCGUCAAUCAGGACCGCAGAGAUGCUUUGGAGCGGAAAAGCUUCGGUCUCGAAAUCUAGCUCGAAUAUAAAAGUAUCAAGACAGCGUUCGGGCCUUUUCUCAGCUGCCAAGCGUGCCAUUGACGUUUGUUUAACGGCUACACAUCGGACGGUAUCGCCCUGGAAUGCUCGAGAGCUACUCGGAACGGAUAUUUCCCAUCAAAUGACUCGACACGGACUGUUAAUAUUUGCUAGGUAGCCGAGCCGAAGCCGGUCCUAACUGCCAGUGCUUCUAAGUCGUGAAGAUGCCUGCAUGAAGAAGUAUGUUGUGGCGAGCGGAGAAAUUUUCCAGUAGGAAUGGAUUUUUGGAUAUAAAUAUCUGGAAUCGCUUCCACUUUUGAUUGUCGUUCCAUCUCAACUCUUUGUUGACUUCAUCUCGGAAACAGGCUGGCAAGUCGUUGGACCCAGGCUCGUUACAAUGUUCAAUUUGCCACCUUUCCUCGAGGUGUUGCCACUAGUGCUUGCCAUUAGCACAGUAUCCUUUGCUCAAGAUGUCCCUACAGUAAAGGUGCUCAACGGCACAUACUCUGGUAUUCGCAGCUCCACUUACAGACAGGAUUUCUUCCUCGGUAUUCCGUUUGCCCAGCCACCUCUUGGUGAUCUACGGUUCCGCCAAGCGCAGCCAUUGAAUACAACUUUCAGCGAGACCCGAAAUGCCACCGAAUACUCACCGCAAUGUAUGGGAUAUGGAAGUGACCAAUGGGUUCUCGGCAACAUCAUCUCAGAGGACUGUUUGACGCUCAACGUCAUUCGCCCAACUGGAGCUCGAAAUCUCCCUGUCGGAGUCUGGAUCCACGGAGGUGGAAGCAUCCAAGGAGGAAGUCGAGAUCCUCGAUAUAACCUGUCUUUCAUUGUCGAGCAGUCAGUCUACUCAAAAUCGCCCUUCAUUGGAGUCAGCAUCAACUACCGACUCCAAGGAUGGGGAUAUCUCUUCGGCAAGGAGGUCAUGGAGGCAGGCUCCGCUAACAUGGGAGUCCGAGAUCAACGUUUGGCGCUUCAUUGGAUUCAGGAGAACAUUGCUGCUUUUGGAGGCGACCCAACCAAAGUCACGAUUUGGGGUGAGAGUGCAGGUGCGACUGGAGUUGGAAUGCAGCUUGUUGCCUAUGGAGGACGUGAUGAUGGACUAUUUAGGGGAGCAAUCGCACAGAGCGGUGGUCCAAUUCCAAUGAUUCCAUAUCUAACUCCAGAGCAAUGGCAACCUACCUACGAUAAAAUCGUAAAUGCGACGAACUGCAGCACUGCAGCCGACACUCUUGCAUGUCUCCGAACGAUCGACAGAGAUGUGCUCAGCAACGUGCUGAACAGUUCGGUCACAGCUAACGCAUCAUGGGGCCCUCAAGUCGACGGUGAUUUUCUACAAGACACGGGUACCAAUCUAGUUUCGAAUGGACAAUUCGUCAAGGUCCCAUUUCUCCUCGGCCGCAAUCACGAUGAGGGCACUUCAUUCGCUCCCAAGGGAAUCAACACCACGGAAGAAUUCCUCAAGCUCGUGAAAUCAGCAGGCCCAGACAACGCGACUGCUCUCACAAUUGCAGCACUAUAUCCGGACAUUCCAGAAAUUGGAAUUCCUGGCACCCUUGUUGGUCGUCCGCCACCAUCUCAAGCUGCCCUUGGAGUGCAGUGGAAGCGCGCGUCUUCGUACAUUGGAGACCUACGGCAGCACUCUUCCCGCAGGCUGCAGGCUCAGAAGUGGGCCGAGUAUAAUGCAACCGCUUUCUCCUACCAUUUCAAUGUCUUCACGGCUGGAUUCGACGCCACGACUGGCUCAGGUCACUUUACUGAGGUCAGCUUCAUGUUACACAACAUUGAUGGACUUGGUUACUCCCCUCCCGUCGCGACCAAUCCAUUUGAAGGCAAGCCCGAUUCAUAUAAACAAUUGGCCAAGAUUAUGUCGAGGAUGUGGGCUAGCUUCAUCGUUGACCUCGACCCGAAUAAUGCAGCUGGUGCCGGUUGCGUCAACUGGCCAAAAUACACUCUCGAUAACCCAAAAAAUAUCGUCUUCGAUGCAAAUGUCACUAACAUGGCCUACGUGGAGCCCGAUACCUACAGAGCAGAGGGCAUUGCGUAUAUUGUCGAUCGCCUUGCAACAGAUUAUGGACGAUAAGGAACUGGCAAUGUCAAUUUGUCAAAAGAUCUGCUGAUGACACUAAGGUCAACUCUAGCAUUUAUUUGAUGAUUUCAAGUAAUGUAUAGUACUACUGUUUCCAGCCAAGGACAAUGCACCCAAACUUCUGAACUAUCACUCUCAGCAUUAGUCCCGUGAAUCAACAACUUGGUCCUUGACUCUGUAGAUCUGGUUUAAUAGGCAUCACGCGUUUGGUGUGAUCUUUGUAGCAACAAUCAGAUAAUGAAGAAAUCUUAACUAUCGCUG